UUCUUAGUCUUUAUACUUUGUUUUUGCUAUUGUUCUUCAAGUUCUUGAGGAGGAAACUUCAACCUCCGAAACCAUUGGUGUUUAGCCAGGCAAAGUGAAAAGGCAAAAGACCGUUGAUGGUAGCCCGAAAACUUAUUGCCAUUAUUUUCAUGUUGACAUAUUUCUCGAGGAUAUUGAUCGUCUUUUGCAAGAGAUGAAUAAUCGUUUUACUGAGUCAAGUUUGGAGCUACUGAUGUGCAUAUCGUCCUUAAGUCCUAAAGAUUCAUUCUCCCAUUUUGAUUUGAAUCGGCUACUUCGUCUUGCUGAAUUAUACCCAGAUGAUUUUAGUUCAAGAGAAAAACAUGAACUAAAUGAACAACUUAAGGUGUUUCUUAUAUUUGUCAAAUCAUCUCCACAGUUCUCAAGUCUUCAAACUAUUGGAGAUUUGGCAAAAAGAAUGGUUGAAACAGAAUGGCACACAACUUAUAGGUUAGUGUACCGACUCAUUCAGUUGGCACUGAUCUUACAUGUUACAACAGCCACAGUUGAAAGAUCUUUCUCCACAAUGAAGUUCAUCAAGAAUGAUUUGCGCAACAAGAUUGGAGAAGAAUUCUUGACAGAUAGUUUGGUGUGUUACAUUGAGAAAGAUAUUUUUGUUAAAGUUGAGAAUGAAGACAUUAUGAGGCGAUUUCAGAGUAUGGCGCCUCGAAGACAUAGAUUGCCACCUCCCAAUUACUCUCCUUCAUUUGACGCUUC